UCUUCUGGAAAUAAUCCUCCAAAGAAUCCACAUUCUUUCCCUUUGCCCUUUCCCUUUACUCCAAUGUCACUCUCGUGAUAUUUCUCGUCAAAUCCAUGCAAACCCCAUAUAAAAUUAGAUUUUGAUGUUGAUAGAUCGGACCCUUUCAAUCAGUCCAUACUAUAUAUUUCUUGUUAUAGUUCCUUCUUUUAGCGCUUCAUUUUUUCUUGAUCUUCCGGCGAGCAACAAACGUAGCCCCUACCCCGGAAAAACACCAAGCACGCGUUGGCGCGGAGUCAGAAUGACCAACUACUCAACUAGCUAGCAUGCAUGUUUGGUUAAGCUUAAAAGUUACUAAACAUGUUCAGUUUGAGCUUUCUUAAAGUUACACUAUGUUGAAAUUUUAGUUCAAAACUCACGGUUUUAAAAAAUAAAUCUUUACUUUCUUUCUGAAAAAGUACUCUUUAUUUCUUUUUAAUCAGUCGACAUUUCUGUAAGGUGUUUUUAAAUGGAUGGUGAGAAUUUAUUUGACUUUUUUGAGGAUUCUGAGUUUGGUACUGAAUCUACCAUUGGCGGGGUCGGCGUCAACCCGGCGUCACCGGACGAUAUUUUCAGUAUUCUUGAGGCUUUAGACGGGGUUUCAGGCUUUAAUCUGGAGACAGUACCAGUGAAUGAAGUAGGAUUAUUGGUUUCUCAGAAGUCUAAUGCUUCGAGUGUUGUUCAAGAAUCUGAAACUGAAUUUGAAGCUUCACAAAAAUGCAAGAAACAGAAGGUGAUUGCAACAGCUUCAACGGAAGCCGCCGUUGAUGGACAACAAAGAAUUUCUCAUAUAACAGUGGAAAGGAACAGAAGGAAGCAGAUGAAUGAGCAUUUGAUUGUCUUGCGUUCUUUGACGCCUUCCUUUUACGUUAAAAGAGCCGAUCAAGCGUCGAUAAUCGGAGGAGUUGCCGAUUACAUCACUGAAUUACAGCAAGUUUUAAAAUCACUAGAGGCCAAGAAACAAAGAAAAGCUUACACAGAAGUUUUAAGUCCUCGUUUGGUUUCAAGUCCAAGACCCUCACCCCUUAGUCCAAGAAAGCCUCCAUUGAGCCCCAUAUUAAACCUACCCUUAAGCCCAAGAACCCCACAGCCAUACAGUCCCUACAAAACCUGGCUACAUUCACCAACCAAUUCUUCCAAUUCCUCCAUCAACGACAGUGUUAAUGAACUUGUUGCAAAUUCAAAAUCUGAAAUUGCUGACGUGGAAGUCAAAUUUUCUUGUCCAAAUGUACUGCUCAAGACUGUUUCUCCAAAAAUUCAAGGCCAAACAGCGAAAAUAAUUUCUGCACUUGAAGAAUUGUCCCUGGAAAUCCUCCAUGUGAAUGUCAGCACAGUUGGGGACAGGAUGAGAAAUUCCUUCACUAUUAAGAUUGGAAUUGAAUGCCAACUUAGCGCAGAGGAUCUCGCUCAGCAAAUUCAACAAACAUUCUGCUAAGUUCACCAAUAUUUGUUCCCAAUGUGCUUUGUUUAGUAUGCCGAGUUAGAUAAGAUAAGAUAAUAUAAUGAACAAAUUUUUAUUUUCUCUUGUGGUUUAACAUUGUCUCGUACUGUACAAUUCUCCAACAUGACAUGCGCGUUUACGUUGACUGGAUUCCCUUUCUUUCUCUCGCUCUCAUUCACACAAACAUAAACGCAGACAUUGACUGAUCACUCACUCGGAAGAAAUAAAAGCAAACGUGGGAAAGCAUCAACCACCAUUGCUGUUACUGAUGUAGCUUUUAUCAGCCAUGACUAGUUUUUGA